CUGCAGCUAUUUUUAACCCCGUCCUCGCCGGGCCGCCCCGGGGCAGAGCCGGGCGCCUGUCAGGGCUCCAGCGUCCCUCCCCGCCGGGCUUGAAUUUCUGUCCCGGCCCCGGCCCCGCGGUUAAUCCCCAGCGCUUGGCCAAAAACGCUUUGGCUAAAUUAGGUAAAACGCGCCCGUCGCCAGUGAGCGGGGCCGGGCUGGUGCCGGGGCGCUGAUAGGCUGCCGGGGCCGGGGGGCAGCGGCAGGGGCAGGGCGCAGCGCGGGGACGCUACAAAUUGGGGCGCCAGGGCCCCCGGGGAGCGUCGGGGGGCUUCUCGGUGCAGCGGGCGGUGACUCCCCGGGGGGGAAGCGGCAGAAAUGACUUCGAUGACGGACCAGCAGGCAGAGGCCCGGGCCUUCCUCAGCGAGGAGAUGAUCGCGGAGUUCAAGGCUGCCUUCGACAUGUUCGACGCGGACGGCGGCGGGGACAUCAGCACCAAGGAGCUGGGCACGGUGAUGCGGAUGCUGGGCCAGAACCCCACCAAGGAGGAGCUGGACGCCAUCAUCGAGGAGGUGGACGAGGACGGCAGCGGCACCAUCGACUUCGAGGAGUUCCUGGUGAUGAUGGUGCGCCAGAUGAAGGAGGACGCCAAGGGCAAGUCCGAGGAGGAGCUGGCCAACUGCUUCCGCGUCUUCGACAAGAACGCCGACGGCUUCAUCGACAUCGAGGAGCUGGGCGAGAUCCUCAGGGCCACCGGCGAGCACGUCACCGAGGAGGACAUAGAGGACCUCAUGAAGGAUUCGGACAAGAACAACGAUGGCCGCAUCGACUUUGACGAGUUCCUCAAGAUGAUGGAGGGCGUGCAGUAAGGGACCACACAUUCCCGGGGCCCGGCCGCCGCUUGCAGCCCCGCUCUGCCGCCGGCCGCGGAAAGCAGCACGGCCGCCGCACCGGGCCCCGCGCCGGGCUGGACUUGCCUGGCGGCACCGCGGGCGGCUGGGAGACCCCGGCUCCGUCGAACGCGGUUUACGUUUGAGCCUCAUUAAAAGGGGAAAG